CCGCCGUUGACUGCGUACAAAGCGUAAAAUCCGGGCUCAUCAUAUUUGCGCUCUCGUGUUUCGUCAGUGAUGCACUAUCCCGUGCCUUCCCCCCAUACGAGGCAUGUCUUCUCCACACCACACCACUCCUGCUUCCUCACAUGAAUUUACCGCGCCGUCGACUCUUCCCAGUUGAGCAAGCUAGGCUACUUCACCGUAGUUGGUGUUCGUCCAGCCCACCGCAGCUGUGCCCUCUGCUCCCGAAGGCAAUCCCCGUCAUGACCUCCCCUUUCUGCGAUUUUGCCGAUAUUCGCUAAAUGGGAUUUGUGGCUGGUCCGAGGUUUCCACAGCAACUGACCAUCCGCUUCCAUUAUUUCUCUAAUGAGGACAGCCAUAAGGAUUUAACACGGUUCCUCGCUGCGCGUCUCUGAUUUUUGGGGCUGAAUCUCUAGACGCGUUAAAGGUCUGCACAUGGGGGCGGGCAAGAGCAAGCCCAAGGAGCCGGGCCAGCGCUCCAUGAGCCUGGAUGGCACCAUCGGCACAGGCUCAGACAGCGGCCACUUCCACCACCUGGGACCUGCCCAGCAGACCCAAACUCCCAACAGGAGCCCUGCCGUUGGGACAGGCAGGCGGGGGCAUCAAGGGCAACACCAGCUCGCCCCCACAAACACUCCUGAGCUGGCUCUCUUUGGAGGGGUGGACCACACAGGCACCAUCACCUCGCCUCAGAGAGGACCUCUCUCAGGAGGUGUCACUACAUUUGUGGCGCUGUAUGACUAUGAGUCACGGACAGCGUCUGAUCUGACCUUUAGGAAAGGCGACAGGCUGCAGAUUGUCAACAACACGAAAAAGUACAGCUUCAGAGAAGGGGACUGGUGGCUCGCUCGCUCCCUGACGACAGGAGAGAGUGGUUAUAUCCCCAGCAACUAUGUGGCUCCGUCCGACUCCAUCCAAGCAGAAGAGUGGUAUUUUGGGAAGAUCACUCGGCGCGACUCCGAGAGGCUCCUUUUGAACUUGCAGAACAGACGAGGAACCUUCUUGGUGAGGGAGAGCGAGACCACUAAAGGAGCAUAUUGCCUGUCAGUGCUGGAUUAUGAUAACACCAAAGGCCUGAAUGUUAAACAUUACAAGAUCAGGAAGCUGGAUAGCGGAGGUUUCUACAUCACCUCCCGCACCCAGUUCACCAGCCUACAGCAGCUAGUCUUCCACUACCGCAAGCACUCUGAUGGGCUGUGCCACGCUCUAUCAGACGUGUGUCCUGUGUCCAAACCUCAGACCCAGGGACUGGCCAGGGACGCCUGGGAGAUUCCCCGAGAGUCCCUUCGCCUCGACCUUAAACUGGGACAGGGCUGCUUUGGAGAGGUCUGGAUGGGCACAUGGAAUGGUACAACACGUGUAGCCAUUAAGACCCUGAAGCCUGGCACCAUGUCUCCAGAGGCCUUUCUUCAGGAAGCACAGGUCAUGAAGAAGUUGAGGCAUGAGAAGCUGGUCCAGCUGUAUGCUGUUGUGUCUGAGGAGCCUAUCUACAUUGUGACAGAAUAUAUGAGCCAAGGCAGCUUACUGGACUUCCUUAAAGGGGAAGCAGGGAAGAUGCUUCGUCUGCCUCAACUAGUAGACAUGUCCUCUCAGAUUGCAGCAGGCAUGGCCUACGUGGAGAGGAUGAACUACGUCCACAGAGACCUGCGCGCUGCCAACAUCCUGGUGGGAGACAACCUGGUGUGUAAAGUGGCUGACUUCGGCCUGGCAAGACUCAUUGAAGACAACGAGUACACUGCCAGACAGGGAGCUAAAUUCCCAAUCAAAUGGACAGCACCAGAGGCAGCUCUGUACGGUCGUUUCACCAUCAAGUCAGAUGUCUGGUCCUUCGGUGUGCUGCUCACAGAACUGGCAACUAAAGGCAGAGUCCCCUAUCCAGGUAUGGUUAAUCGCGAGGUGCUGGACCAGGUGGAGCGCGGCUACAGGAUGCCCUGCCCGGCAGAGUGCCCCAGCUCUUUGCACGAGCUCAUGCUCUCCUGCUGGAGGAAGGACCCAGAAGAGAGGCCUACAUUUGAGUACCUGCAGGGCUUCCUAGAGGACUACUUCACCUCCACAGAACCCCAGUAUCAGCCUGGGGAGAACCUAUAGAACCACAUACACUGAACCGAACCCGGGGGGAGAACCUCAACACAGAACGAUCUGCACUAACCGACCUCAGAGGAGCACCUGUGGGAGGAUCUGAGCCUGUGAAACUCAUCAGGGAGGAACUUGAGAUUCUU